GCAUUUGUACUCGAUGACGACGAAAGCUAGGCUAGCGAAAGUUUGCACGUACUCUUUGUUAGUUUUCAACUCGAUGGCCGGGAUACUCUACUUCAGAGGCGAAAACUUGAUUACUGUCAUGCGUCUAAUGUUGGGCUUCAAUGUUACCUCACGGCCGCUCCCCAUUAAGUUAUUAUUGCCCUUUGACGCUGAGCAAUCGCCGAUCUACGAGGUGCUUUUCGUCGCCCUGUUUGUGCAUUCAAUGUCAAUAAUGUACACGGUUAAUUUUCUGUCCGGGCUGGUCCUUACUCUGGUAUUUCAUGUAAGCGGACAAAUCGAUAUAAUACAUAGAAAAUUCAAAAGCUUCUCUGAGAAAAUUUCCUAUUAUGGGUCUUCCGAGACAAUAGGAAUGCUGGUCGAGAAGCAUAAUAAAGUCAUUUUAUUUUCCGAGAAUGUUGACAAGCUCUUCUCCUUUAUAGCUUUGAUGCAAGUUCUUGGCAAUACCUUAGUUAUCUGCUUCCUGGGGCUUGUUUUUACGACUGUGAGUAUCGCAGCGUCUAGUGCGCGAUGGUCCAAUUCAUUCAGUCUUUCUAAUCGCUUAAUGAAACAGUCUAGUACUGGUGCUGAUGCUGACCUGCUGAGAACUAUAUUCGCUUACGCCGGCAUAACGGUGGAAAUUUUUAUGUUUUGCUUUCUCGGAGAAUAUCUAGGCCUUAAGAAUAAGUCACUCGGCGACGCAGCGUACGAAUCUUUAUGGUAUAACAUGUCGCCUGGUCAUGGUAGAAAUAUAUUAUUCGUAAUAAUGAGAUCUCAGAAACAUCUGACUAUCACACUGGGAGGAAUCACGAAUUUAUCAUUAGAAGCCUUCACGAGCAUUAUGAAAGCGUCAGCAUCAUAUAUGUCAGUCUUGAAUGCAAUGUAUUGACAUCGCU